AUGUUUCCACAAGACAGAGAACGAAUAGACAGAUUAACAGAAAAAAAUAAAAAAGAUCCAAUGCUUCAGAUGUUGACUCAAUUAUACUUUUCAAAAGGUGGAACUAAAAAAAUAACAAAACAAGAACUAACUCAAGUUGACUCAGCUCUUUCAGUUAAAACACCAGAAAUCACUCCAACUAAAGGAAGGUCAACAUCAAAAUUAACUACAGACUCUCAAUCUCUUUUUAAAAAGAAAACUGAAAGGAUUACAUCUCGUAUAUCUCAAGACUUAUCAUCUCAACACAACCAAGAGGUAAAGAAGAAUCCAGAAGUUGUAAGAAAAGUUACUGAAAAAUUAAAACAGUCAGUAACAAAAGAGAAUGAUAAAAAUAUAACUAUUCAACGAACACCAUCAAUUUUAAGAAGUUCAAUUAGGAAAUCAACAACAGGAAAAGAUGAAGAAGAAAAUACAAAACCUACAACAGACAUUUCAUUAUCAUCAAAAGAGUCUCAACAACUUGUACGUCAUGUAACAGAAGAAUUAAAAAGAACAUCAGUGACAUUAAAACGAAGAACAUGUACACCAUCUAUUUAUACUUUACUACUUGUUUCACAAAGUGGAAAUGAAAAGAAUAUUAUUACAGUAGAAGUAUUAGCAUCAUACUCUAAUUUAAAUUCAAAAAGAGACAUGUGCAAAAUUAUGUGGGUCAUUAAAAAAUGGAAAAUUAGCAAUUGUUUUCAAUCAAGAGAACCACUUUUAUUUAAACAAUUAUUUAGUGAUUGGGUUGAACCAAUUAUUUCAAGACCAAAAGUUUUGAAUACAACAAUAACUAUAAAAAAAGAGUUACCACCAUUUAAUGUUGCAGUAUUAUUUGAAGAAACUGAAUAUAAAGAAAAAAAAGUACCAGAAUUUAGUUCAGAAGGAAUAUUUAAAAAAUUUAAAGUUGAAAAUAUUUCGCUUCAAUUAGUUGAAGAAGAAAAAAAUCGUUUUAUAUUAAGAAGUAAUGAGUGUUAUGUAUUUCAUUAUACCUAUCCUUGGAAAAAUUUAUUUAGACACGCCCUUUUCUUUUGGUUAGGAAAAAAUGCUUCAAUUCUUCAUAGAGGAAAGGCUGCUGCACUUACUGUUGAUUAUGUUGAAAAACAUCAAUUAGAUGCAGUUCAUGUUAGGGUUGUUGAAGGGGCUGAACAAAGAGAAUUUAUUGCAAUGCACAAAGGUGGUAUUGUUAUUAAAAAAAAUAUUUACCCAGAAAAAUAUGAGUUAUAUGAAAUUAGAAAAGAAAGAGGAACUGAGGGUAUUAGAAUAAUACAAAUUAAUCACUUAAAUUUGAUUGAUUAUAAUAGAAGUUAUAUAAUUAAUAUUAAUGGAAAAGGAAUUAUUGUAGAAGGAAAAUAUUGUCCUGAAUAUCAAAAAAUUAAAGAAAUUAUAUUAAGAAGUAAAAUUGUAUUUGAUUGUUAUAAAGAUACUAUUGAAAAUAUUCAAAAGUACCAAAACUAUAAAGAAUUUAAUUAUCUUUUUAAAACUUCAUUACCAGAAUUUCCACAUGCAUUUACUAUAAGUGCAUGUACAGGGUCUAUUGAAUGGGAUGGACUAUAUGAAUUAAAUCUUCAAACACUACAAGAUCAAAGAAUUAUUGUUGUUACAUUUGGAAAUAAAUUAUAUUUUUGGGCAAAACUAGAGGUUAGAUUAACAGAAAUUAUUAAAUUAUUAAAAACAAUGAUGGAUUAUGUUGAAUCAGCUAAAAUAAAAAAUAUCACUCUAAAUCCUUUAUUUAUUAGACCAGAUGAAGAACCAGAAGAGUUUAAAAGAUUGUUCUUUGGAAAUCAAGAAUUAAAAAGAAGAAAUGAAGUCGUUGAAAAUGUUAACGAUAUUUUUCUUCAACUUACUCGUAAAUAUUCUCUUGCUGAAUUGCAAAAAAAACCUAAAUUAUUAACUACAGUUGCUUGUGGUUCACUUGAAUCUUUUCUUGAAGACAACGUUUUUGAAAAAGUUUUUGGAAUGUCUCGAGACUCUUUUGCAAAACAACCUCAAUGGAAACAAAAAAAUGCAAAAGCUCGUGUUGGGCUUUGGUAA